CUGUUCUCAACUACCAAUAUCUUUGCUCUCCACUGUCCAUUUCAUUGCAUUGUUUUAUUUUUAUUUUUAAAAUAGAAUAUAUAUACUUUUCUCUUCAGAUUCAGAUUUACCAGAGUACUCAGACAACACCUUUCUUUCUUAAUUUUUUUAGAACAUCUUGUUUUUUCUGCUAAAACAAAAAAAGAAGAAGAACAAGAACAGAAAAACUGGGAGAGAGCUAAUAGUCAUGGCAGUAAAGAUGGGUUCUUUUCGCUAUACUUUAGCAGAGAAAAGAGAAAGAUUGUUACUUUCAACAAAAGGGUAUUCGGAGCUAGGAUUUCCUAACAUAGAAGAUGAACAGUAUCCAUCAAGAAAUUGUUGCAGUUAUCGCUAUAUCUGCGAUAAGAUUAUUGGAUUUGUUAGACAGGUGCAAGAUGUUGCCGUUGAAGCAUAUGAGAUGGGUAGAAAUGAUCCGAGAAAGAUUGUUUUCUCUGCUAAAAUGGGUUUGGCUUUGAUGCUUAUUUCAUUGCUGAUUUUCUUGAAAGAGUCGAGUAAAGACCUCAGUCGCUACUCUGUUUGGGCUGUUCUUACUGUUGUUGUUGUCUUUGAAUUCAGUAUAGGAGCAACUCUUAGCAAAGGAUUUAAUCGUGGGCUUGGAACAUUAUCAGCAGGAGGUCUUGCUCUGGGAAUGGCAGAGUUGGGUAAAUUAGCUGGGGAAUGGGAAGAAAUUUUUAUUGUUAUUAGUAUUUUCUCCAUAGGUUUUUGUGCAUCUUAUGCAAAACUCUAUCCGACAAUGAAGCCCUAUGAAUAUGGGUUCCGAGUUUUCUUGUUGACGUAUUGUAUGGUCAUGGUAUCUGGCUAUAGGACCAGGGAAUUUAUUCAUACAGCUGUCACACGAUUUGUGCUUAUUGCACUUGGUGCUGGUGUUUCUUUGGCAGUAAAUAUACUCAUUUAUCCCAUCUGGGCUGGCGAGGAUUUGCACAACUUGGUGGUAAAAAAUUUCAUGAGCGUGGCAACUUCUUUGGAAGGUUGUGUCAAUGGCUACCUGAAUUGUGUUGAAUAUGAAAGAAUCCCUUCUAAAAUUCUUACUUACCAAGCUUCUGAUGACCCACUUUAUCGUGGCUAUAGAGCAGCUGUAGAGUCUACAAGCCAAGAGGAUACACUGAUGGGAUUUGCUAUUUGGGAGCCACCUCAUGGUCCUUAUAAGUCAUUUGGAUACCCAUGGAAGAACUAUGUCAAAGUAAGUGGUGCACUAAGGCAUUGUGCAUUCAUGAUCAUGGCACUUCACGGGUGUAUACUAUCAGAGAUACAGGCUCCUGCAGAGAGAAGACAAGUCUUUCGUCGGGAGCUGCAGAGGGUUGGAGCUGAAGGGGCUAAAGUGUUGCGUGAACUAGGGAAUAAAGUGAGAAAGAUGGAGAAACUAGGUUCAGGAGAUAUUCUUUAUGAGGUGCAUGAAGCAGCAGAAGAGUUGCAAAACAAGGUGGACAGAAAAUCAUACCUUCUUGUCAAUGCAGAAAGCUGGGAAAUUGGAAAUUCAGGAAAGGAUAUGGGAGAGCCCCAGGAUUUUAUUAGCUUGGAAGAUGAUAUAAAUAAAAUACUCCAACACAAAUCCCGUAGCGAAGCUGUGCUAGAUCUCAGAUCAUUGACUAUCCCAAAAAGUUGGGAUGGCCAUAUACCUACAAACGACUUGAAGUCCACCUUGCCUUCCGUUCUUCCUUCUGAAGCCAUGUCCAAGAAACAGAUCUCCUGGCCUGCGCGGACUUCAUUUUCUGAAGCACUGCCGCAGGUGGAAGAAUCAAAAACAUAUGAAAGUGCAAGUGCAUUGAGUCUGGCUACAUUUACAUCACUUUUGAUUGAAUUUGUUGCAAGGCUGCAAAAUAUUGUAGACGCAUUUGAAGAAUUAAGCGAGAAAGCAAAUUUUAAAGAACCAGAUGAGCUACCAGUGGCAAUGCCUAUUGGGUUUUGGAGUAGAUUGCGUAGAGCUCUGAAGUUCUGGAAUUAAUGGAAGUGUCAAUAGGAUGAAGAUCUUGAAGGGCAGAAAGUCUUGAAAAGGAUCAGUCGAGGAUCAGAGUUCAGCCUCACUGAUAUGGAAUUUGUAUAGUCUAAAUUCUGAUAUAUAAUAAAUACUCAGGUUUUGCAUCUGACUUAUAACGUUAAGUUACAGAAACAAAUGCACCAUCAUUUCCAGGUGCUGUCCAAGGGAAAGCCAGAAUGAUCACUGAAGAUGUUUGAUUGUCUGUUCUGAUUGAGGAGUUGAUAUGGAUUGGCAGUGGCUGGCUUUGGGCAGUUCAUGAAUUUCUAGUGCAACUGCAUAAUGAGAAUGUGGCUGACUCAAUGGACGAUGCACAUUGGAUAAAGAUGCUGCACAUGUUGGGCCCUAAUGGAUAUUAGGGCAGAAAUUUUGGCAUAAUAUGUAUUCAAUACAGUAAUUCUCUCUUGCUUAUAAUUUUGUCAAGACGUUUUAGACAGUUAUCAUUCCUGCACAUUUAAGCCUGUAACUGUGCACCAUAACUCUUCUCAUGGAGCAAAUUUCUAUUCGAGAUCGUGUAAAGUAAAAUAUCAUUGGCCAGGGCCAAUUUAAAAACUUAA